AAGUGCUUAUGGCCAUUGCUUGAUAGUCGACGCAAUAGUGGUAGACAAUUUACCAGAAAAUUAAACAAAAUCCUAGCUGUAAUCUGGAUUUUAACGACCCCAGAAAGCUACAGAUCUGUUGCUGAACGUUUUGAUAUGAGUAAGUCAGAUUUGUGGCUUGCUUUUGUCAAAGUCGUUUCAGCAUUAAAUACAAUUUCUCCAGAAGUAAUUGUAUGGCCGAACAGAGAAAAUCGUCAACAGACAGUACAAUCAUUUCAAAAUGUCGCUGGUCUUCGUGGCGUUGUUGGAGAUGUCCAUGGGACGUAUAUCAGAAUCAAAACACCACAAGUAUACCCACAAUCGUAUACUUGUCGUAAAUUCUAUUCGGCUAUUACUUUACAAGGAAUUAGUAACAACAAUUUGUAUUUUUUAGAUUGUUUUACCGGGUAUCCUGGUUCAGUUGCUGAUAUUCGAAUUUUUCGUCAAUCUGAUAUCUACAACGAAUUGACUAACGAUCGUCAGUUGUUUUUGGAUGAUGAUCAAUUUAUCAUAGGUGACAAGGCCUAUCCACUUGAACCGUGGUGUAUCACGCCAUGGGUUGCUAAUCGUGUUUCAACACCUCGUGAAAUAAAUUUCAAUACAGCUCAUGCCAGAACUCGUACUGCGAUUGAACGAGCUUGGGCAUUAUUUUUCGGACGAUUUCGUCGUAUGCAAUAUCUUGAUAUGAGCCGCAUUGAUCUUAUUCCAUCGACAAUAAUUGCUUGUUGUGUGCUGCAAAACAUUUGUCGUAUGGAUCCUAAUAGUUUAAUAGAAUUGUUCGAGCAAGAAGGACAAAUUUUUAUGGGUGCGGACAAUCCAGAUAAUCAAAAUGAUAGACAUGAGGAUGAUGUGGCUCCUUAUGUUGCUAAUGAAACUGGUGAAGCACGACGGGAACGACUAGCUAACGAAGUCAUGGAUUUAUAAAACUAUAAAUAAUGAUUUUUAUACAUCCUGGAUAAUUUUUGAUAAAAGCAAGAAGAAGAAAUUAUUUUUUUUCAGUUCUUGUCGACCACUUGCAUCACAUGAUUACUGGAAAAUAAUGGAGUCGAGGUGACAAUCCGUGGCUAGAUCAUCA